CAAAAACAAAAAAUAUACCUGUCCUCGUAACCAUAAGUCGGUUGCACAGCUUUAAAUGAUCUGACCAUUUUGUUUUGAAAAGUGUUUGUUUAAACUCUUACCCUUUAGAAUAUAAAUUCGAAUGCUUGGCCUCGCCCACCUAUUGAUAGGUUGAAACCUUUCCCCAUUGAUAAUAAGAUUGGAUGAUGAUCUCUCCUUUAGAAAUCUAAUAUAAAUGCUACCUCUAUCAAGACAUUCUAGAUAGUUUACUUAAGAGCAAUUCUGCCUUGAAAGGAUAAGAAUUUUGUUUAGAAUGUGAGAACUGUAAAGAUUUUUAAGGAUUCGAGUUUUCUGCUGUAUUUGUUCAGUAGUCUGCCUCGAGUUUUCUGGAAUCUAUUGAGUGGGUGAGUUCCUUGAACCAUAACAGACAUGGAGAGAGAAGAAUAUAGGGAAAAACUGGAAAUCGGUUAUCCCCUCAUUACUGCAAGAAACAGCCAUGAGAGCUCCAUAUUGAUUGUUGUUAUCAGUACCUUUAUUGUUGUGAUGGGUUCACUGAACUUUGGCUUUGGUGUGGGAUUUUCUUCUCCAUCAGAGUCGGGAAUCAUGGAGGAGCUUGGCCUUAGCACAUCUCAGUACUCUGUUUUUGGCUCUCUAUUGACAGUUGGUGCCAUGAUCGGUGCAAUUAUGAGUGGUUAUCUUGCAGACUAUCUUGGUAGAAAAGGGGCUUUGAGACUCUGUUCAUUGUUCUACCUUGUUGGAUGGCUCACCACAGCUUUUUCAAAGGACAUCGUGCCAUUGGAUAUUGCAAGGCUACUGGUUGGUUUUGGAGCUGGGCUUACUUCUUAUACAGUGCCUGUCUACAUAGCUGAAAUAUCUCCCAAGAACAUGAGGGGAGGGUUAACAACAACAAAUCAGCUUUUCAUAACGACAGGAAUAUUGAUAGUUUAUCUUCUGGGGACGCUCCUGAAAUGGCGGGUCGUUGCUCUGAUUGGAACUAUACCAAGCAUACUAUUAGCUGCGGGCCUUUUUCUUAUUCCUGAGUCUCCAAGAUGGCUGGCAAAGGCUGGUCGUGAUAAAGAUUUUAAAGAAGCAUUACAAGCUCUUAGGGAAAACCAAUAUGAUGUGUCAUAUGAAGCAACUGAAAUCAUGGAAUAUGUAGAAGAAUUGGAAAGUCUGCCCAAGGCCAGAAUAAUUGAUUUAUUUCACAGAAACUAUGCUCCUGCUGUCAUUGUUGGUGUUGGCCUAGUGGUAUGCCAACAACUUUGUGGAAUCAAUGGUGUUAUAUUUUAUGCCAGUGCAAUUUUUAAAGCUGCCGGCUAUUCUUCAGGUCAGUCAGCAUCCGUUGGAAUCGCUAUACUUCAGGUGCCACUGACAGCAGUAGGUGCAAUGUUGAUGGACAAAUCUGGAAGGAGACCACUUCUAAUGAUUGCUGCAGGAGGAAUGAGCGUCAGUUGCUUUAUUGUUGGAUUGGCAUUCUACAUACUGAGACACUCUCAACAUUCUGCUUUACAGUUGGUUGGGAGCAGGCUGGCUUUGUUUGGUCUAUUGGCCUAUAUUGCAACAUUUUCACUAGGAAUGGGCGGAAUUCCAUGGGUUAUAAUGUCUGAGAUAUUUCCUAUAAAUAUGAAGGGUAUUGCUGGCAGCUUGGUGUCUCUUGUUGCAUGGUUCGGUGGCUGGAUUGUUACAGUCUCUUUUAAUUCUCUCUUGUCUUGGAGUGCAGCAGGUUCAUUCUUCAUAUUUUGUGGUGUGUCAGCUUUUACUGUACUAUUUGUAGCAAAGCUGGUACCAGAGACAAAGGGAAGAACUCUGGAAGAAAUACAGUCCUCAUUCAAGUUGUAAAAAGAAUAAACUACAGCUUAUCAGUUAUGAUUUAUAUUUGUUUUUGUGAUAAUUGAUAUAAUUUUUCGAACUGUGAAAACCCA